UGCCUCUGCUCCUUCCUCGCCCUCGCCUUCCUCCCCCUCUCCGAAGCAUGCGGGCGGCUCCACCGUGGCCUCGGCGAGAAGAAGGAGGUCAGGAGGCGCGCCGGGCGCCGGAGCCGCGGAGGAAGCGCGUGUGAAGGACCGGAGCGCGCCCUCUCUACUCACAAGGAUGCUGGGGAGCGAUGCCAGGCGGCAGGGAGGACGCGAUUUGCCAGAAAGCGCUGAAGCUGCUGGUGGAGCUCUGCUCCGACGGGACGCUGGAGCACGAGGGCUGCCUGGAGUUCAACUACUACCUGCGGGACAGCGGCAGACCCCGGAGCCCCGACGCCGAUAUCACAGUGAGUUUAUUGUCCUUAGUUGUCACAGCAUGCGGACUUGCUUUGUUUGGGGUAUCUCUGUUUGUCUCAUGGAAACUUUGUUGGGUUCCUUGGCGAGAACGUGGCCUGGCUGGAAUCAAGCUGGAGUCCCUGAACUAUACAGAUACAGAGACCAAUGACAAUGAAUACAGUGAGGAUUACCUGGGGCAACCGGCUACCUACCCUGACUCUUCCAUGAAGAUUAGCCACACUUCCCCUGACAUUCCAUUGGACGCCAAGGCAGGGACCAAGGAGAACUGUGCACACAAUGUUCGGAUGCAUCGACAAAUCACAGAACCAACUCCCUCUGCUCGGCACAAUUCAUUUCGAAGGCAGCUCAAUCUUUCAAACCCAGAUUUUAACAUUCAGCAGAUCCAAAAGCAGGACCAGCUGGCCGGGCUUGGGCGAAUCAAGCCAGAGUUAUAUAAACAAAGAUCAGUCGACACAGAUGAUGGGCGGAGAAAUAACAGCAAGUCUUGUGGGAAGCUCAACUUUAUUGUGAAAUAUGAUUGUGAUUUGGAACAACUAAUGGUGAAGAUUCACAAAGCUGUGAACCUGCCAGCAAAGGACUUUUCUGGGACGUCAGAUCCAUAUGUUAAGAUCUACUUACUUCCAGAUAGGAAAACAAAACACCAGACUAAAGUACAUAGAAAGACCCUGAACCCUGUGUUUGAUGAAGUUUUUUUAUUUCCUGUUCCUUACAAUGACUUGAGUACAAGAAAACUCCAUUUCUCUGUAUAUGACUUCGACCGAUUCUCCAGGCAUGACUUGAUUGGCCAGGUGAUAGUGGAUAAUUUUUUAGAGUUAUCGGACUUUCCCAGGGAGUGUAAUAUGUGGAAGGAUAUUGAAUAUGUCACCAAUGACAAAGUAGAUCUUGGCGAGUUGAUGUUUUCACUUUGCUAUCUUCCAACUGCUGGUAGACUAACCAUUACCAUAAUAAAAGCAAGAAAUUUGAAGGCCAUGGAUAUAACAGGAGCAUCAGAUCCCUAUGUGAAGGUCUCACUAAUGUGUGAAGGGAGACGACUGAAGAAGAGGAAGACUUCCACCAAGAGGAAUACCCUCAAUCCUGUUUACAAUGAAGCCAUAGUCUUUGAUGUCCCUCCAGAAAAUAUUGAUCAAACUAGCUUGUCUAUAGCUGUUAUGGAUUAUGACCGUGUAGGUCACAAUGAGGUCAUUGGAGUCUGUCAAGUAGGCAACGAUGCAGACAGCCUUGGGCGAGACCACUGGAACGAAAUGCUCUCGUACCCUCGGAAGCCCAUUGCUCAUUGGCACCUGCUAGUAGAGGGCCCUAUUGAGCAGAAAUGUUAUGCGGGCCUUCUGCGCAUGGAUGGCUGCCGAAGAGGCUUCCUCACUCUUUUAACCUAUUCAGCAGAAAUUUGGCAUUCCUGUUGAACCUUUUCUUAGCCAUUUUCUCAGGGGCCAUUCCGCAGAGAGUCCAAAGGGGUAAAGACAUCCCUUCAGUUCCAUUAUUUGACCCUCACCCCUUUCCCAGCACCAGAAUAUAUUAAUCCUAAACCAGAAGGUGUAAAACUUUGGUUUUUUUAAAAGAAACAAAUGUACUUUGAUUUCUGUAGUUUUCUAUAGUUUAAUUUUAAUAUAGAUACCCAUGUUUUAUUAGUAAUCACCCAUUUUGUCAUCUAUUCCUACCACAUCAAUUGCAUUGUUAACAUCGUUACCUUCAUCUAGGUGGUUAUCCAUGUUCAUAUACUUUUUUAAAAAGUCAUGGGAAAAUGUUUCUUUUUAUCAUUAUUAGUAGUAUUAUAAAUGGAAAAUAUCAACUUGCACUGUUUUUCAGUCCUUGCUCCAUUGUCAACUAGUCCCGCAAUCAUAACAUCAAUAGACAUUUCUCUUUGUUCAUAAUGCACGAAUUAGAUGUAAUAAUAUGGAUAUGGGAAGUUGUGUUUCUUAUCCUUUUCAACAAUCAUUGGCAACUACAUAUGGUCUUCACAAAGUAAAGUUGUUUUCGACUAGUAGGUGCCUGUAUAGUUUUUCUUUCCCACAGUAUAUAAUAAAAACUGUGUAGGGACCAGUAGCAUACAGCACAGCUACACACUGUACCCACAAUAGCAUUCUGAGCAUUUGAGUUUUGUGGAUUGUACUGAGUUAUGCAACUGGAACCAAGUACAGUUUAAAAUAAAUAGUUUAAAAUAA